AUGAGGACCACAGAGGACCAUAGAGGACCACAGAGGACCACAGAGGAUCACAGGAUGAGGACCACAGAGGACCAUAGAGGACCACAGAGGACCACAGAGGACCACAGGAUGAGGACCACAGAGGACCACAGGAUGAGGACCACAGAGGACCAUAGAGGACCACAGAGGACCACAGAGGACCACAGAGGACCACAGAGGACCAUAGAGGACCACAGAGGACCACAGAGGACCAUAGAGGACCACAGAGGACCACAGAGGACCAUAGAGGACGACAGAGGACCACAGAGGACCAUAGAGGACCACAAAGGACCACAGAGGACCACAGGAUGA